AUGCUUGACAACGAUUCAAAAACUCGUAGUAACAUAAACCUGUGAAGGUUUCGCGCUGGGAUGGACUCUUCAGCAAGAGUUUUGGGGAAACGUAGAUCCAAUAAUCACACCCCAAGCCAGAAACUUGACUCGCCACUUCCCCCCAUCAAUGAGCGUCUGGCCUACCUGCGUCCAUCCAGGGAACUGCUGGAGUUCUACCGAAAGAAGAUCGCCCAGUUUGAUGGUGAGCAUGAAGAUCUGCUGCAGAUGCUUGAGAAAUACAGAGGCAUCACAGAGGACCAGCAUAAACUUCAGUGGGAGAUACGACAGCGAGAGGGGGAGAUCGCUGAGCUACAAAAAGCUCUGAGUGACAUGCAGGUCUAUCUUUUCCAAGAGAGAGAGCAGUCCCUGCGACUCUAUGCAGAAAACGACAGACUAAAGAUCAGAGAGCUAGAGGACAGGAAGAAAAUCCAGCACCUACUGGCACUGGUGGGUCCUGAUGUUGGCGAGAUCACAUACUUCCACAGAGAGCCUCCACAUAAGGUCACUAUUCCACAUAAGAAGCUAGAGCUAGGAACUGAGGAAAGUCUCGCCAAUCUCAGACCAACAAAGUUAAGGCCUGGAUCCAUCAAAGCAGGGAGCAGCAGGAGAACAAAAUUUGUGGAAGGGGUUAAUGGAGAGACAGUGGAACAGUACAAGGAGGACAACCAGACUCUCUUGUUACAGGUGGAGGCCCUACAGGCUCAGAUGGAGGAGCAAACACGCCUGGCUAAAGAGCAGGUGGAAUCCCUGAUGGAGGACCGAAGGAUUUACGUGGAGGAGGGACAGGUGCAAAACCAGAGAGACCAGGAGCGCAUCAUCGCUUUAACUGAGAAACUCAAGCAUACCCAGGACUUGCUCUAUGAGAGCACCCGAGAUUUCCUGCAGCUCAAAUUUGCAACACGAGCACAGGAGAAGAGCUGGAUGGUGGAGAAAGACCGGUUCCUUAGGGAACUAGACUCCUGCCAGGACCGUCUGAGGAAGUCCAGGUAUUGGGAUGAUGAGCCAGGGCCAGGACGGGGUUGGCAGCCCAGCAGUCCCACUCUGCUCAUAAACCAGUCUCAACCAGAGUCACAUCAAGCACACAAAGGGGAGCUUAGGGCUAUUCAGGAGGAUCUGAAGCAAGCCCACCAUCUGGCAGAGAUGUAUAGAGAGCAGUGCAUUAAUUUGGAGGCAGACCUGGCCCAGAUCAGAGAGGAGGGGGAUGUGGGGAGGGAAAUAUUUAAGGAGCGUUCAGACAAGAUGUCAAAGCGUCUUCAGCUGAUGACUCAGCGUUAUGAGGCGCUGGAGAAGAGGAGGGUCAUGGAGGUGGAAGGCUUCAAGACGGACAUCAAACAGCUCCGACAGAAACUCAAAGAUGUGGAGAAACAGCUUCUGAAGUUUACCCUGAAUGUCAGGCCAAACCAGGACCUGGCCAUCCUGCAUGAGGUGCGCCAGACCAACACCAGGACAAAAAAGGUUCAGGGCGAGCUGCUGACUCUGAAGGCUAAAAUCUAUGGAUUAGAAAAUGACCUGCGCUUUUGCUGACAGUGAGCCAAGAUGUUUUGUGUGAACUUUUUUUGCAUAUGUAGGAGAUGUGUGUGUGUGUGUGUGUGUAUAUGUGUGUGUGUGUGUGUGUGUGUGUGUUUGCACAUGUGUGCACUUGUAUACAUACCAAGGUUGAUCCUAGUAAUUUGAAUUUUUGUUAUACUGCUGAAA